AUGGAGAACCAAACAGAAGUGAACAAAUUUAUUUUAAUGGGGUUGACUAGUCCCUUCAAUUUUCAGAAUUUGCUAUUUACAGUCUUCCUGCUGUUGUAUCUGGCUACCUUAGUGUGGAAUGGUGCUAUUAUUGUUGUACUUUUAGCUGAACCACACCUUCACACUCCCAUGUAUUUUUUCCUUGGAAAUCUUUCCUGCCUUGACAUCUUCUUCUCCACAGUCACUGUACCCAAGAUGCUGGCUGGAUUUUUUUCAGAGGUACACACAAUAUCUGUCAAGGGCUGCUUGGUCCAGCUGCACUUUUUCCACUUCUUGGGAAGCAGUGAAGUCAUUCUCCUUGGAAUCAUGGCCUACGAUCGCUAUGUUGCCAUAUGCAACCCUUUGCGUUACACUCUCCUCAUGAGAAAAGAGAUCUGUGUCUUAAUGGCAGCAGCUGCCUGGUCCACUGGCUUUUUCCAUGCCUUGAUGCAUGCAGUGGUGACUGCUCACCUUCCCUUCUGUGGACCAAAUCAUGUUGAGCACUUUUUCUGUGACAUCAAGCCUUUGUUGAAACUGGCCUGUGGCAGCACAUAUAUCAAUCUCAUGCUCCUCAGUAUUGUGACCAGUUGUAUUGUUAUGGGCCCUUUUAUCUUCAUACUCCUCUCCUACCUCUACAUUAUUACUUUCCUUCUUUUAAAGGUUAAGUCCUGGAGUAGUUGGCAAAAAGCCUUCUCUACCUGUGGAUCCCACCUAACUGUGGUGGCUUUACUUUAUGUUCCUGUGUUGUUUAAUUACAUGCUUCCCACUGUGGGUACCUCAUCACAACAGGACAUGAUAGUAACCCUCAUAUAUAGCGCAAUUACCCCAGUUUUAAACCCACUUAUAUAUACACUGAGAAAUCAGGAAGUUAAAAUAGCAGUGAAAAAAAUGUGGACAAAAAAAACCAAACUCCCACUUUCUGGUGAAUGGAAAUCUUGA